AUAUAAAAACAUGUGAACCGAACAUCAACAAGGAAAUAAAUUAAUCUCAUCUGUCAUUCGUUUUCAUCAGACCCACUUCAUUUUUAUCAUUUGUUUUUUUCUGUAAGAGCUACUAAAAUAUAAAAAACAACGCAUAAACUAAGUGCAGAUAGUAGACAUCUGAUAUUAGCUUUUUAGACAACGAAUAAACAUGGCUACAGAUGAACUUGCUGCCAAACUUAAUCGACGGAACUUGAUCAACGAAAGUGAAGAAGGAGCUGCACCAUCUUCUUUGCCGUCAUCACAAGUUUUCAAUCCUUAUACUGAGUUUAAAGAGUUUAGUAGGAAACAAAUUCAAGAUUUUCAAAAGACGUUUAACAAGUAUGAUGUAGGAAAAGAUAAAUUCAUUGACCUCAUGGAACUAAAGUUGAUGAUGGAGAAAUUGGGGGUUCCACAGACUCAUGUCUCACUUAAACAGAUGAUCAAGGAAGUUGACGAAGACUUAGAUGACAAAAUAUGCUUCAGGGAGUUCCUGCUUAUAUUUAGAAAAGCAGCUGCUGGGGAACUGGAUGAAAACAGUGGCUUGUACGAUCUGUACAAAAACAUGGAAGAGAUUGAUGUUGAUGCAGAAGGAGUUAAAGGUGCUAAAAACUUCUUCCAGGCCAAGAUCCAGAAACAAACAGAGAGCUGUAAAUUUGAACAGGAAAUUCGUCAAGAGCAGGAAGAGAAAAAGAAACAAGCAGAGGAGGCUAAGGAAAGAAAAAAAGCAUUUAAAGAAAAAGCAAGCGUCUUCACCAGUGCUGGAAAUUAAGUCUCCCUUAAUCAUCUAGGAUUGUAUCAGUACCAGGGUUCCAAAUACUGCAGGUUUAAUUUUUACGGAACAUUAGUUAUUGCUCUUCAUACCUUUAUAUGUGGAACAUUUUUAUUUUUAAGUUAGUAAUUCAAGGCAUAAUUAACCUAUUUUAAAGAUUUUACAUCAUAAAUCUCUAUUAUUUUUUUCAAAACCUGCAUAAAUAAAUUAUAAACCUAUACUCCAGUCAAUGAGGCUACAGUUGCAGUCAUUAAUUAUUGUGGUUAAGCUCAAGCAUUUCCUUUGUAUUUCUCUACACAACGUCUAGUUUGUUAAAAGAUUUUAUUUCAACAGUAUUACUUCAAAAUCAGUCUUUUGAGCUAUUUUCUUGAAACUUACUUCCCUUUUUUUUCCACAUCCCUAUUGAUAUUCAUGUUUCACUUGCUGUUAAUUAUUUCUUUAAAUGAUGAGAGAUUUUUCUGAAAUAUAGCUUGAGUCAAUUAUUUGUUUAACUAACACAACUGAUUUUAGUGCCAUGCUGUAUUUGUUGCCAUAACCUUUACAUAACCCCACUUGAUUAAUGGUUACUAUUGAUGUUCAACUUACAUUCAUUAUGAUGAAUUCAAGUUAAGACCUGUUUUUUCCAUAGUUCUGUGAUUAUAAUUAAAAGCUCAGAUAUUAAUAGAUAAGAGUUGAGUAGAAAAUAAUCCUUCUGGUGCUUACUAUUUAAUGCAUGUGAUUACAUUUAAUUUCCAUUUCUGUGAUUUUGUUUGCUCUUUCUGACCUGCUUGGCUUUUUUUUGUAUCAUAGAUCUUUCUAAAUGAUGAUUUACUAUGUUUGAUCUGUUUAACUUAUACUUUAAGGACAGUUAUAAUCCAAUCUGAACCAGAGAUCUGGAGUGUUGUAUAUUUUUGUUGCAUUAGCAGAGAUUAAUAUGUUGUAUGUGCUCCCUAUAGAUGAUGUUUCAUCAUGUUUGUUGUGUGUUGGUUUUAUAAUUAUUUACAAGAUUUCAUAAUAUUCCAAGUUGUUAAUAAUCUAUAUUGUAAUAAUUUAAUUUAAUAAUCACUUUAUAUUUACACAUUACUGGGAUAAAGAUAUUCAUGACACAGUGUUACAAAAUCAGUUUACUUUUUAAUUGCUUGGAAACUAUAAUCAAAAUUAUGUGGUUUUUUUAUGUGUGUUAUUGUUUAAAUUAACUUUUCUAAUAAUUGCUUGGAAUGCUAUAAUCAGAAUUAGUUAAUAAUUCGUAAGUGGUUGUUUAAAUAAGUUUUGCUGACAGAAUGCUAGUUUCAGAAUGCCUUUUAGCUGGUGUAUUUCUUCUCAUAUCCAUGCUCUGGUGUUUAUAAUGUCUGCGUCAUUGGGCUUCCAAAAAAAGAUAAUACAAUACUGUGCAAUACUGUUGUUAGUUCCUAAAGAUAUCAUUUGUUAAAAAAUGUGUUUUUAAAAAGAAAGCCUACGAAAUUUGAUCAACUACAUUGUCAGUUUUUUUUAAAAUUAUUACUUUACUUUAUUAAUUUUUGUUUCAUUUAAUUAGAAUUAAUACUUAAACUGUCAUAUUCUUGCCUAUUAAAGAUUUUCUCUAUACUUACCUCUGACAAUUAAUUAAGCUGUUUUUCAUAGUGUAUGUUUUAAAUUUGCAUUUGUAUGUGCAUUUUAUGUCUACUAAGAAUAUUGUUGUACCUCUGCAUGCCUGAACAUUGUUGAGUUGACAAAACUAUAUAUGUUAUGGCUUCCAAAUAUAUUAUAAGUCUGUUAUCUUACUGAUAAAUUAAGUUAUGGUUUGCAAAAAAAACUGGAGAAAUAUUUCAGAAAUAAAAUCAAAAGUUUAUUGUCAUUGUGUUUUUU